AUGUGGCGUGCACAGCAAUUCCUGAACACCUGUCUUUGCAUUAUCUCAUCAACAUGUUCAGUGAAUAGCUACCAUAUCCCUUUUCAUGGCAAUUGUCCAACCCAACUCGUCUACGAAUAUCCAUCCGACGGCACCUGGUUCGAGAACAUCGCCGUCCGCUCCAAUGGCGACUUACUCCUCACAUCUCUCAACCACCCAGCAGGUCUCAGCACGCUCUCUCCAUUUGGAAACAGCCCUCCUAAACAAAUCGUCACAUCGGCAGACCUAGGCUAUCUAAACAGCACGCUUGGGAUCACCGAGACGGAGGAAGAUAUUUUCUACCUCGUUGCUGCGAAUUACAGUCUCGCGGAACGGACUGUCGGGACGCAAUCCGGAACGAAUGCUUUGUUUCGUGCGCAAUUCGGAGGCUAUGGAGACAAUCGACCGGAAGUCCGGCUGGUGAAGCAGUUUGGGAAUGAAGUACGCUCUCUGAAUGGAUUGACGAAGUUCAACGACACUCUCCUCCUCGCCGCCGACUCCGUCCUGGGGGCCAUAUGGGCGAUCGACGUACCCUCCGGCGAGUACUACAAACUCGUAGAAGACGAUCUACUGGCGGCUCCAGAUCCUGAAUCCCCCGGCUUCAAAGAAGGCAUCAACGGAGUCCGCUUCUCACCACACAAAUUUGGAAAAGGCGGAGUGGCAUACUUCACCAAUAGCCAGAAAUACCUCUUCGGCAAGAUCGAACUCGAUGGAAACGCCCACGUCCUCGGUCCAGCCGAAUGGAUCGCCAACAGCAUCGCUGAGAGAGGCGUCAAAGCAAAACUAGACGAUUUUGCUCUGGACGCUCAUGGAAACGCCUGGAUCGCCACGGAAGCUGGGAACAGCGUGCAGCUUGUGACGACGAGGCAGGGCCAGGUGAAGGUCGUAGCUGGGGACGUGAAUAGCACGGAGAUCGGGGAGCCCACGUCGACGGCUUUUGGACGGACAGAGAGGGAUCGUGGGGUUUUGUAUGUGGCUACGUCGGGUGGGUUGGCGUUUCCGGUUUGGAAGGAUGGGAGAGAGGAGAGGGUUGGGGCGCAGGUUGUUGCUUUGGAUACUGAUAGAUGUGGGCGAUAG